UCGUUUGCUUCGCUCCUCCCUCGGACCCUGCAGCUGCUGCCCAAGCCCUGGGCUUGGGGAGGAAGCGGUAUUUAACGCGGGGCCCCAUGUGAGAGACGCGGAGUGGAGACGGAGACGGGGAAAGGGAGAGGGAGGGGGGAAAGAAAGGCCAGACUUGGUGCAGGCGCCGCGCCCCCUUCUCCUUCCUCCGCUUCUCCUUCCUCCUCGGCAUGGGCGCCGGAUCACGUCCGGACGGAGGAAACGGAGCAGCAGCCUGAAGCCGCACUGUCGCCUUUGCAGACUCCUCGUCGCCCUCUCUGCCUUCGCUUCUCCUUUCGGGGCUCCUUGGCUUCGUUGGGAGACCUGUGCCGGCGCCGGACGUUGCGCCAGAAGAGCCAAGUCGGGGAACUUAACUCUUCCUUUGUCCUUUGCGAAGGAGAAGCCAGGAGAGGAGGGUUUCUCGCCUACCCAGCCUUGGACCUACUUCGGACAGAACUGCAAACCCCUACGGUCUGGAUCAUCUUGCAAAGUGCUGGAAACUUGCAGAGUGACUCAGAAGAGGGUGGAGGGCGGGAGGCUACAGGAAGGAUCUGAAAAGGGAUGGAAACAGAGCUUGAACCUGCCUGUGUGGUUCAGCAGGCCCACUGCCAGGAAAUGCAGCAUUCUGCCCCUUCCGAGGUCUUCCCUCCGCCGAUGAGGAUUCCUGAGAAGAUACCACCGAUCAAGCCGUGCUUUAAGAAGAAGCAGCAAGGGCAGAAGAGGUUGGACACGGAAGCCUUGAGGGCUUUGCGGCCGAUCUUCACUAGCUUGCUUGGCACAGGAACCUUGGAUGGCAUCUUUGUGCCCAGGGGGCAGAACAGUGGCCAUAGUAACUUGUGUGAACCUGUUGCGAAAAAGAACUUGGGGGUUACGGCUCCAUGCCCACAGCCAGCUAACAGUGUUCCAGUGUUGGUACCUGGAGCCCCGGAUGUUCAGGGACAAAUCUCAGAUGGACACCCUGAGCAGGAGGCCCAAACCAGCGAGCAGGGCUUCCCCUCGGCUACCUCUCCUGCUGAUGAGCCAUUCCAGGACCUCUCCUUGCAGGCUGCCUCCAACAACUCUGCUGCCGCUGCCUUUCUUUUGUGCCCUGGCAAGAUACUUGAAGGUUACUCUCCUGGACUGAUCCAGAACAAUAACAGCUGCCUAGCCCAGUGUAACACAAACCCAGUGGAUAAGUUUGGGGCUGGGCUUUUCCAGAACAAAAGUGAGGAGGCAUCUCUUGACCUCGUCUUUGAACUCUUGAACCAGCUGCAAUAUCACACCCACCAGAAAGACGGGAUUGACAUCUGUGUGGAUUUUCUGCAAGGUGUGUGUGUAUAUGGCAGCGAUUGUCCCAAACACCACACAGUCCUGCCAUAUCACUGGCAGGUCAGGAGGACUGCAUCCCAAGUGUGGCAGAGUGUGACCACUGACUCACAGGAGCAUCUGGAAAGACUCUACUGCAAUCCAGACAAUGACAAGGUCAAAGUAAGAUACGGGGGUCAUGAAUUUUUAGUAGACUUGAAUGCUUUGACGCUUUAUGAUACGACUGAAUUUGACCAACUGAGGCGGCUGUCAACACCUGGCUGUAUGAAUGCCAACUCCAACUACUACACAAUCUGGAAAUAUUUCUGCAGGGAUCACUUUGGUUGGAGAGAAUAUUCAGAGCCUGUUGUACGAUUGAUAGAAGAAGCCAACUGUCGCGGGUUGGCGGAGGUUCGGUUUGUUACAUGGCACAAUCGUUAUAUCUUGAACAUUAAAGAUGGCUUCCAGCAGAAUGCAUGCAUCCGAAGAGAAAUCAAGAAGAGACCUCUCUUCCGCUCCUGCGUGAUCCUCAUGCCAUACUUACAGACCUUGGGAGGCAGCCCUACAGUACCAACAGCUGAAUCCAUCUCUUCACAAGUCUUAUCACCGACUGCUGUUACCUCUCCGAACUUCUACCCUGAAACUUGGAUUACCAUGGAUCCAUCUCAGGACUUCAUUCAAGUGCCUGUUUCAAAAGAAGACAAAAGCUACCGAACCAUUUAUAAUCUCUUUCAUAAGACUGUGCCAGAGACCAAAUACAGACUUUUGAAGAUUCUGAGAGUUCAAAACCAAUUUUUGUGGGAGAAAUACAAGAGAAAAAAGGAAUUCAUGUGUAAGAAAAUGACAGGAGCUGACAGGAUGAUGAAUGAAAGACAUUUAUUCCAUGGGACCUCCCAAGAAGUCGUUGACGGUAUUUGCAAGCACAACUUCGACCCCCGGGUCUGCGGAAAGCACGCCACCAUGUUUGGCCAAGGCAGUUACUUUGCCCGGAAAGCAAGCUACUCCCAUAACUUCUCCAAGCGGUCACCCAAAGGGAUUCAUUAUAUGUUUCUGGCUAAAGUACUGACGGGGAGAUACACAGUUGGCAAUCACACCAUGAGGAGGCCACCUCCUGUCAACCCUGCCAGUGUCACCAGUGACCUGUACGACUCCUGCGUGGACAACUACUUUGAGCCUCAGAUCUUUGUCAUUUUUAAUGACGACCAGAGCUACCCCUAUUUUGUUAUCCAAUAUGAAGAAGUUAGUAACACUGUUGUGAUCUGAAAAAAAUACAUAUAUAUUUCAUGUUGAUAAAUUAUUGUUGUAACAAACUUUAACCUGAAAUUUGUAGAGUGGCCUCCUUGGUUGGAUCAGAGAGCAGAGGGAAGCAAUGAUGGAACUUUUCCAAGGGGACAGGGUGAAGAAAUAAACAUUUUUUUAAAAGUCCUGACAAGACCAAUUGUGCACUUGCUAUUUUUUGUGCAAACUGUACAUAUUUUCCAUUGUUUAUAGUUGAAAAAACAACUGUGCCUUUUGUUAUAAACACUAUUUAUGUUAGUAAACUUAAUGUUUUAAAAAAAC